GAGGUAAAACUCUCCAAAGAAAGGACACAUUAGUAAAUCUCUUGUGCAUAUUUCUGUGAACUUGUCAAACUAGAUAAAAAAGAGGGGCCACAUUGACAGUCCAUGGCUGCAAGAGUAGAUACAUUAAGUGUGUGCAGGUUGGAUUAUGUCUGUAUUGCUGUGAGCAUAAGAGGAGGAGCUCAGCACUGACAGUCACACACUCUCAAGAAGCUGUCUGAGUAAACAUGUUCAGAGUCACAGAGCUGUCUCACUUUUAACCUGGACAUGAUCGAGAUAAAGAAAAGAAGAUUCACAUUUUAAUUGAUUGAUUGAUUCCUGUGUCAGUUGGGGAGAGGAGUUUGGAUGAAACUAUCCAUGUUGAGCCAUAAGCGACCUCUGUGUAAGGGAUACUCUGAGGAGCCUCCGCUGUGUACAAAGAAAUGUUUGACCGGCCUGAAAACUGUUCUGGAAAGGUAUCAAAGCGACAAAGCAACAGAAUAUCUCGGACUACAGACCGUCUCUGGUAACCUUCGCUUUAAUGGAGACCCUAAACACCUGCCUGGCACCCAGAGCUUCUUUGAUAGGAUAUCGUCUUGGGCUGACACACAAAACUCUGUGAAGAAAGUUCUGGAGCAUCUCAAAUUCAAACAAACCAAAGAUGAUAUUCUCCUCAACAACUGGGUGAACAAGAAGUUUCUGGAGUUUCAACGAGACAUUACUGAGGAAUGUGGGGCAGAGGAUAAGCAGCAUUCUUGGGCGGUUAUUGAGAAGACAGAGGAGAUUGUCAUGUAUGGACCUUAUUAUCCCAAUUACAGCAACGGGUUACACAGCGAAGACAUCAUCAUUAAACAAACUCAGGAGCUGCUGGAGGCCGAAGAUGUCUCAGAGAACUGGAAGGUGUAUGUGUUCACCGUGAACAGCCCGUGUUUGGCUCGAAACACUGAACCAUGCAUGCUGAACUUGGUUCAAAAAGCUCAAGAGUGGUGGAGUGUGUACGGAGUGAAGACUCAUAUUGGUUUUGUGAAAUGUUGGGGCUUCAAAGGAGCCAAAGAAAAUAUGUUCAGGGAUAUAAACCACAACCAGGUAGACCUUAUAAAUCAGACUGAGGAUUAUGAGAGCUAUUUAAAAGCAGCUGAGAAGCAAACAAAUUUCAGUCCAUUGUGUAAAAAUGUGUUUUCUGCCGUGAAACGCCUCCUGAAAUCUGACAUUAUCCCUAUCAUGACCAUGCAGCAGGAGCAGGACUGGAGGAGCUACUUCAGAAGUAUGCAGAGUAUUUAUGAGUACAAACUAGAAGAGGAGAAAGAAAUCGUCACACAGGAGGUGAACUCUGUGAUUGAAGCUGCCCAAACUCUGCUUUCUGACACAAAUGGAAGUUUUGCAGAACAUUUAAAGAGAGGACAAGCGUUUGCAUUAGAUUACACUUUUAGCUCACACAUUUCUGACGCCGUCGAGGAUCAAAUAAGACUCACUUUCCAGCAGUGUUGGGGGGAGAUGAUGCAAGAGAAAUACGUUGAAUUCAUUAAGGAGAAGCUGACUGAAGAUUUGAAUCAUUGCACUGUGCAGCUUUUUAUAAAAGACGUGGAAAAGUCCUCAGGUGAAUUCUUACAAAUUGGACGAAUACAUUCUCAAACAAGGUGUCCAGUAACUGAGCUGUAGACCAAUAAAGAUGUUAUCUAAGACUGAA